ACUUUGACUUAUAAAAAAUAAAAUCGACUCUUAUUUACGAAACAAUUGGGUAACUGGAGGCGUCAAUGUAGGCAAGACAAUAUCAGUGAGGCUGCAUUUUCCCAUUUAUAAGCGGUUUUGGGUUUAUUGAAGAUAAAUAGUCUUUUCUCGUCGUUUGAAGCAAAAUGCUGGGGCCGUUAAUUUUUGUGGUGCUCCUUUGUUCAAAAUUGGUGGUCACCGACGAAGACGUGAAAGAUUUUGACGUGUUUAGACUGUUUGGCCUGUUCAGAUCUCUGCUUGAAAUCCGCCCCGAAGACGUUAAAACCACAGACGUCACUUUCUACCUUUAUUCACGAAACAUUUCAAACUUAAAGUUGCCCCUCGAUGGUGGAAAUAUCGAUAUAACGAAAAAUACAAAAUUCAUCAUUCAUGGCUGGAUUGACAACCACAACCGCUCGUGGUAUCACCACUUAACUGACGAGUAUUUGAAAAAGGGGGACUUUAAUGUAAUCCACGUAGAUUGGGGCCGCGUUUCGAAAUCAUUUUACGUCUCAUCGGCCCAGAACACGCGACUAGUUGCUCAUUUUAUUGCAAGCUUCAUUUUGAACCACAAACUGGCUCUGGGGAAAGUCCACCUAAUCGGCCACUCGUUAGGGGCCCACAUUGCGGGGUUCACCUCCCAAAAUAUCAGGCAAAAAGUGGGGGAAAAGGUGGGCCGAAUUACAGGACUUGAUCCUGCAGGGCCAGGAUUCAGGAAUGUGUUUCUCACCGAUGAGGAGCGGCUGAGUGAUGAGGAUGCAGAAAUUGUGGAUGUGUUUCACACCGAUGGGGGCGUUUUGGGCUAUUAUAAGCCAAUCGGGACUUUUGAUGUUUAUAUCAAUGGGGGUACACGGAUCCAGCCUGAUUGCAGGAUUAGUUUCACUGAAAUAUCAUCAGCAGGGGAGUUGUUUGAAGACAGCUACUGUAGUCACACGCGAAGUUACGUCCGAUUUACGGAAAUCGUAAACGAGAAAAAAUAUUCCUGCAACAAGUGUGACUCCUGGCUUGAGCACAUGGUCGGCUCUUGUGAAAAAAACGAGUUUUACGUGUUCGGGGCCGAAGAUAUUAAUAAAACUAUGACCGGGGUUUGUUUCGUUGACACAGUAAACAAAACCAAAUAAAACACAGAUUAGUUACGUA